GGCUUCUUUGGAAGGAUCACAGCAGCAGCUCUCCAGGAGCAGGGGAGGGAGGAAGUGAAGGCAAGUUCUUACCUGCAGUCUGACAACUUUCCCUUUCACAUCAGUAAGACAAACCUCCCUGUCUAGAAACAAGAAAAGAGAACAAGAAAACCAUUUCCUCUUGCUGCGAGGUUGCAAGAUUUUAAGGGAGAAGAAAUUGAGAAUUUCUUGAGAACUAAGAACAGGUGUGAAACUGAAUCGGAUUCCUCAGCAAGAUGACAAAUCAAAUAGAAACUAGUAUUCAUUACAACUAUGAGUAUGAAGAAGAUGAGUACAUGAACCAAGAGGAAGAAUGGGACAGAGACCUGCUCCUGGACCCUGCGUGGGAGAAACAGCAAAGGAAGACAUUUACAGCCUGGUGCAACUCCCAUCUACGGAAAGCAGGCACACAGAUUGACAAUAUUGAAGAGGAUUUCAGGAAUGGCCUUAAACUGAUGUUGCUUUUGGAAGUCAUUUCAGGGGAAAGACUACCGAAACCAGAUAGAGGAAAAAUGCGCUUCCAUAAAAUUGCAAAUGUCAACAAAGCCCUGGAUUUUAUAGCCAGCAAAGGCGUCAAGCUUGUCUCAAUUGGUGCAGAAGAAAUUGUUGAUGGUAAUGUGAAAAUGACCCUGGGUAUGAUUUGGACAAUCAUCCUUCGCUUUGCUAUUCAAGAUAUUUCAGUAGAAGAGACAUCUGCCAAAGAAGGACUGCUGCUGUGGUGCCAGAGAAAAACCGCACCUUAUAGAAAUGUGAACAUUCAAAACUUCCAUCUUAGCUGGAAAGACGGACUUGGCCUCUGUGCACUCAUCCAUAGACACCGACCUGAUCUCAUUGACUACUCCAAGUUAUCUAAGGAUGACCCACUGAGAAAUAUAAAUCUUGCCAUGGAUAUUGCUGAAAAACAUUUGGAUAUCCCAAAGAUGUUGGAUGCCGAAGAUAUUGUGAAUACUCCCAAACCUGAUGAGCGAGCUAUCAUGACUUAUGUUUCCUGCUUCUACCAUGCUUUUGCUGGAGCAGAGCAGGCAGAAACAGCUGCUAAUCGGAUUUGUAAGGUGCUUGCUGUGAACCAAGAAAAUGAAAAAAUGAUGGAAGAGUAUGAAAGACUAGCAAGUGAGCUUUUAGAAUGGAUUCAUCGCACAAUUCCAUGGCUGGAAAACAGGACCCCAGAGAAGACUAUGGUGGCUAUGCAAAAGAAGUUGGAAGACUUCCGAGAUUAUCGUCGCAAGCACAAGCCACCCAAGGUCCAAGAAAAAUGUCAGCUGGAGAUCAAUUUCAAUACAUUGCAGACCAAAUUAAGGAUCAGCAACAGACCGGCUUUCAUGCCAUCAGAGGGCAAGAUGGUUUCGGAUAUUGCCAGUGCUUGGCAAAGGCUUGAACAAGCAGAAAAAGGCUAUGAGGAAUGGCUGCUGAAUGAAAUACGAAGACUUGAACGACUGGAACAUUUGGCUGCAAAAUUUAGGCAAAAGGCAGAUGCUCAUGACACUUGGGCGUAUGGCAAAGAGCAGAUUCUGCAGCAGAAGGAUUAUGAAUCUGCCUCUCUGACAGAGAUCCGAGCUUUGUUGAGGAAACAUGAGGCUUUUGAAAGCGACUUGGCUGCUCACCAGGACAGAGUGGAACAGAUCGCUGCCAUUGCCCAGGAGCUAAAUGAACUGGAUUACCAUGAUGCUGCAAGUGUCAAUGAUCGAUGUCAGAAGAUUUGUGAUCAGUGGGACAGGCUGGGAACACUCACUCAGAAAAGGAGGGAGGCACUGGAGAGAACAGAGAAAUUGUUGGAAACUAUUGAUCAGCUCCACCUGGAGUUUAGCAAGAGAGCUGCUCCAUUCAACAACUGGAUGGAAGGUGCCAUGGAAGACUUACAAGACAUGUUCAUUGUUCAUAGUGUAGAAGAGAUCCAGAGUCUGAUCACGGCUCAUGAACAAUUUAAAGCCACUUUACCUGAGGCAGAUGGUGAACGGCAAGCUAUAUUAUCAAUCCAUAAUGAAGUGGAGAAAGUGAUUCACAGCUACAGCCUCCGAAUAAGUGUCAACAAUCCUUACAGCACAGUCACGCUGGAUGAGAUACGUACUAAAUGGGAAAAGGUAAAACAACUUGUGCCUAUAAGGGAUCAAUCGCUGCAAGAGGAACUGGCUCGCCAGCAUACCAAUGAACGUUUACGCCGUCAGUUUGCUGCUCAGGCCAAUGUCAUUGGGCCCUGGAUCCAAACCAAGAUGGAGGAAAUUGCUCGAAGCUCUGUUGAUAUUGGAGGGCCCUUGGAGGACCAGAUGAAUCAACUGAAGCAAAAUGAGCAAAAUUUCAUCAACUACAAACACAACAUUGACAAACUGGAAGGAGAUCAUCAACUGCUACAAGAGGCUUUGGUGUUUGAUAAUAAGCAUACUAAUUAUACUAUGGAGCAUAUACGCGUUGGAUGGGAGCUGUUAUUGACCACCAUUGCACGGACCAUCAAUGAAGUUGGGAAUCAGAUCCUCACAAGGGAUGCCAAAGGCAUCACACAGCAGCAAAUGAAUGAAUUCCGAGCAUCAUUUAAUCACUUUGACAGGAAGAAGAACGGGCUUAUGGACCAUGAUGAUUUCAGAGCUUGCUUAAUUUCAAUGGGUUAUGAUUUGGGUGAAGCAGAGUUUGCCCGAACCAUGGCCCUGGUUGAUCCCAAUAGUCAAGGAACCAUCUCCUUCCAAUCUUUUAUUGACUUCAUGACCAGAGAAACUGCAGACACUGAUACUGCUGAACAAGUGAUUGCUUCUUUCAGAAUCCUCGCUUCAGAUAAGUCAUAUAUUCUUGCUGAUGAGUUGCUUCGAGAGCUGCCACCUGAGCAAGCUCAGUACUGUAUCAAACGGAUGCCAGCGUACAAGGGUCCUGGUGCUGUUCCUGGAGCUCUGGAUUAUACCUCAUUUUCAUCAGCAUUGUAUGGGGAGAGUGACCUGUAACUGACUGCGGCCACCUUAGACCAUUGAAAUAAAAACCUUACUUGCCAGCUUGUUGCUUAUUUGGCAAGCUGACUUAAAAGUAAGCUUUUCAAAUUUAGCAGGUACAUUCAAUAAAUAACUGUACUAUAUAAAGUGUGCAGCAUUGUUAUUGUUUGUAUUUACUUUGUCAGCAUUAUUGUGUUACUCAAAUUAAAUACCCAACUGUAUUUUAAAAGAAAAGAAAAGCACGCGGGAAAAAGAGUUCUGUAUUGAGUCAGAAAUCCUCAGGAAAAGUGAUAUGUUGAAAUCAUUUGAAAUCAAAACCUUUGCAAUUGUGAUAGCCAUGAAAUGUUUUGCUUAUGAAUUCUUCUGCAGUCUCCCUACAAGAGUCUGUUUUUUUUGCUUUCGUGCCAAGGCAAUGCUUUCAUCUAAGGAUAUCAGAGUCAGUAAUGCUUCCACAGUUGGAUUUGCAUAUCUAGAAGAGAUUAGGAAACAUGUCAAACAAAAAAUGUAGCUAAAACAAACCAAAAAUCUAUCUUUUAAAAACAUAAAACACUAUUUGAAUUUUCAGCCUUUGUGCUGGUGUAUCCCAGCAGAAACCUGGCUACAUAGAUCUCUAUUGGAGAAUUAUGGUGGGAGGUGGGAGUUCAAAAUCAAUGAAACAACAGAACCCUUGUGGUUUGGUAAACAAAUUCAAGAAUUACAUUCAAGGCAACAAACAUUUAAUAUAAACAUAACUUUACAACUAGAAGUGAAACUAAAUCACAUUGACUAUGAACAUAGAACAACUGAAGUAGGCAGGAUCUUCAGUGCCCUUCAGGAAGGGCACUCAGAACAAUGGCAAAUACCACACAGUGUCCCAUAAUACAAAGAAGAAGAAAAGAAAGUCCAAAAUGUUAACAAGUAGUGUAGGCUGCUUCUUUCCCAACUGCUCUCCUGUGGCUCCCACUGCAGUUUUUUUCCCAGCUUGGGCUUGUAACAAAAUUAUCAGUUCCCUGCGUCAAGCUCUGGACAUUCUCUCUCCUGCUGCAGGACAGACCAACUGAGGGGAAAGAGUUUUAAGCCAUAUCUUGAACCACAGCAUAACUCACAGCCUGAGAAAUCCUUUUGUUAUACCAGCAGUUAAAGGAGAAAUUCUAAUAUUCCAUUUCUCCCUUGUUGGGCUUGCCACACACCUGCAAGGAAAUUAUUAGUUCUGUCAGUCAAGUUCUGGGUCUUUCCUGCUGCAGGCUGGAUGAACUGAGGGGAUGGGGCUCUUUUGGUUGGUAACAUAUGAGCAUAUUUACCAACUGUUUAUGCUUAGUGAGCUCUUACUCCCUCCGCCCUGAAGACCAAAUGUUCCAAUGAAAAUAAAAUGGGAACAUGAUAAUGACAUGGGCUAUAUUGGCAUAAAGACAUUUAUUUAUUUUAUUAUUAUUUUUUAUUUGUUAGAUUUAUAGGCCGCCUCACCCCCGAAGGGCUCGAGGUGGCUCACAAUAUAGCUGUUCUCAGUGGCAGCAUAUAAGUACAAAAAUAUAACUUAACCCCAUUAAAAACCUGAUAGCAGCAGUUACUUUAAAUAAAUACAAAUUAAGAAUUUGAUGACAGCAAGGUGACAAGUGAAAACCUUAGAAUUGAAAGCAAUACCUAAUUUUUAAUUUGGCAGCUGAAAGGGCACACCAUUAACAAACAGGGUAUUAGGAACCUCCAUAUGUUUGUUUUUCUACCUUGUACCUGCCACAUCUGGCCUUGAUUAAUGCUGUGUCAUGGUGGUAGUUUGUUGUUUUUUAAACAGGGCAAUUUGUCUAGUAGUUUGUUGUUAAUGUUGUUCAUCUCAACAGACUGUAGAAAAGUAAAGCUUUUUUUUUUACUUGAAGCCAAGCAGCCACGGGGAAAGUACAAUGCACGCAAAUGGAAAUAUUCAUAAAUAGCAAAAAGCUAUACAACCCAGUACUAAUAAAAUGUGCCUUCUAAAUAAAGUCUGCUUUUCAAACUUCA